UCUGACAAAUUUGACACGUUAACGUCUAAUCAGCUGAUCUUUGUAAACAACACCAAUAACAUCACAAAUUUUAUUUUAAACACCGGAAAUGAUAGAAGACGCUUUAGAAGAAGAGCUGCUCCACGAAUUCAAGGGUGGCACGUUAACAAUAAACCCAGAAACUAAAUUAAAUAACGAUAAACUGAUAAAGCCUGAUUCUCCUGAUAACGGUGACGAUAAUGAAUCCACGAAAGCAAAUAAAAAUGAUAACCGUUGGGGCGCUAAUUUCAUAUCUCCGUUAACAGCAAUUCCAAAUAAAAUUUCUGCAAGUCUGUGGAAUAAAAACUCAAGCUCAACGACGGCGUCAAGAGAGAACACGAUUCAGCCAGCAAUAUGCAUCACAGAAAAUCCUAAUAAUUACUUUACGUUCCGUGAGAGUGUCCUAGCGAGGGCUUUGACUGAGUGCAAGGAACAGUUUCUUGAUGAGGAGGCUGAUGGCCCUCUCCUUGAAGCAUUUCUUCUUACUCAAAUAAGUCACUGGAAUUCUGACAAAGAGAGACUCCUUUUAUUAACACCACAAACUCUUGUGGUUGCUAAGUAUGAUUUCAUUGCACUGCGAAGACUGGGUUAUAAGAAAUUGCCCCUGGAGUUCAUUGAGGAAAUUGUUUAUGGAGAACUUGUCUAUCCCAAUGGAUCGCUAAUUCCCCAAAUGAAUGGACUAAUGGAUGGUCUCUCCAGUGUUUUGGAGACGUGCUUAGUGUCCAAAUGGUCACAAACUGACAAGCAACUAAACUUUUUCAGACCUAGCAAUCGCAACACAAAAGGAGUCCGUCUGGUUUGGAAUAAAAAUAAACCGUACAAUUUUAGUUCCUAUUGGAAUCCAUUCAACGAUGACAUUCCCUUUUGCACAUUCACUUAUCACCCUCUAUUUUUCCACAAAGAUUGUGUUGACGAAAAAUUAAAAAACCUCUACUGUUUAGAAGCAUUUGUGGAAAAACUGUCGAAAGCUGUCGCAGAUUUACCAAGAAAUAACGAAAUAAGCAAAGAACCUUGUGUCAUGGAGGAAAAGGAUAUCGUUUUGCAGACGUAUGUUGGAAUUGGGUCCAUCAUACACAAUCGAAAUGCACUGGGUUUUUUUAAAGUUAGAGGGAAAUUCAGCUUUUAAUGUGAUAUUUGAUAUUGCAAUAAUAAUUAUAGUCAAUCCCUAUUGCACCUCUUUAUGGUCUGAUUAUUCUCGCAAUACAAAUGCACCAAUCUAUAUAUUGAUCUCCUAAAUGAAAAAGCAGCUUUGAAUUUAUGGCAUCAAUGCGAUAAAUUAUUAUUUGUGAUAUUAUUUCUAUGUGUAAAAUGAUACUAACCUGACUGCCUUGUUUUCCAUUUCAUCACUGAGCAAUCGAGUUGUCAUGGAUAGCGGGAACAAUUUAGAAAUAAUUUCACCCUAAAAUCGUCAAAUUAAUAGACUAUCAUACAACAGAGCCAAAUAUUUUUACCUUCCUAUUAUAAAUGUCUUAUUGGCCUAUUGGUGUACAAAUAAACCGUGUUCUAUUGAA